AUGGAUAAAUCCCAGCAGCCCAGCUCUUUCCAGCAGCUGGAAAAGCUAGGUGAAGGCACUUAUGCUACCGUCUUCAAAGGACGUAAUCGCCAAACCGGCGAGAUGGUUGCGUUGAAGGAAAUCCACCUAGACUCUGAGGAGGGUACCCCAUCCACCGCCAUCCGUGAGAUCUCGUUGAUGAAGGAACUGAAACAUGAGAGUAUCGUAUCGCUCUACGAUGUUAUUCACACAGAGAAUAAGCUCAUGCUGGUGUUCGAAUUCAUGGACCGGGAUCUCAAGAGAUACAUGGACACUCGAGGCGAUCGCGGACAACUUGACCCCGCCACCAUCAAAUCCUUCAUGCACCAGCUUCUGAAAGGAAUCGCUUUUUGCCACGAGAACCGAGUUCUCCACCGCGAUUUGAAGCCCCAGAACCUGUUGAUCAACAAGAAGGGUCAGCUGAAGUUGGGAGAUUUCGGUUUGGCGAGAGCAUUCGGUAUCCCAGUUAACACAUUCUCCAACGAAGUCGUCACCCUGUGGUACCGAGCCCCCGAUGUCCUCCUCGGCAGUCGCACUUACAACACUAGCAUCGAUAUCUGGUCCGCCGGCUGUAUCAUGGCAGAGAUGUACACGGGUCGUCCGCUUUUCCCAGGCACAACCAAUGAGGAUCAGUUGCUGAAGAUUUUCCGAUUGAUGGGAACACCGUCUGAACGGUCGUGGCCUGGUAUUUCCCAGCUGCCCGAAUACAAGCCAACCUUCCAUGUCUAUGCGACCCAAGACCUGAGCUUGAUUCUCCCUCAGAUCGACCAACUUGGUCUGGAUCUGUUGAAUCGGAUGCUUCAGCUACGCCCGGAGAUGCGUAUCAGUGCCAGUGAUGCCCUGCAGCACCCAUGGUUCCACGAUCUGCCUCAGGUUCAGGCUCAGUUGCAGCAGAAACAGCAGCAACAACAGCAGAUGGGCGGAUAUGGGGGUAUGGUUCCACCUCAGUCCGCCUAUUAG